GUCCCGCCCCCAACUCAAAUGUUUGGAGGUGAAUUUAGGAAGUCGGUGAAAGCGUUUUAGAGAGGAGAGUCGUUGAAGAAGCCUUCAACUCAACAUAAACUCUGUGAAAGACAUGCUCCGUGUUUGCUGUUGGUGGUGAGUUCACGGUGUCUAGCUGUCAACGGAAACAUGGCUGUGUUGCGUUCCUGGUCCUCGCUGUUGUGGUUCCUUGUUGUUGUGACAGCUGAUGUGACUGAAGCCGCGGGGAGGUCUAAGCAGCGGAUGAAACUGACCGACGAUGGGGGCCAGGUCUGCGAGUCCCAAGACAACACGGUUUCGUUUAGAGCCAGAAAAGGCUCCGCUCCGCGGAUCUCCGCCGGGCCCGAGCCGGGGGACGUCGCGGCCGCGUUCAAAGUCCCAACUCUGGAUGGGGAGUUUUCCUACCAGCCCGGAGCUCUGCGGGGAUCUGUGGUCAUUCACGCCUUCACCAACAAGUCCGGGUUUCUGGAGUGUAUGUGGAGCUCGGAGUCGUCCCUGACCAGCCUUGUGCAGGACCUGCCGGACAGCACACAGGUGCUCUUCCUGUCCCUGGACGACUCUGCGGUCAGUGAUGCUCUCUGGAUGAGGGACCAGCUGCAACGGGCCGCCAUGCACAGUAAGAAGGAGGUUCUGUCCAGGCUUCACUUCUCUCCCGUGCCCGUCUUCGCUCUGGGAAACUGGAUCCCCAGCGCGCUCUACUACUGGAGCUGCAUGGGUCACAACCGUGGCCUCUCCCAGGCCGUGUUCACCUCCGAGGGGUGGAACAUGCCUGUAAUCAUCAAGAGACUAGACGCCAGGUAUGAUUGGCUGAUGGGACGUUGGGGUCAGAGGUCGUAUCAGCUGAUCGAUGCGGGGAACGGAUGUGACCCUUCCCCCUCCGUGGCGGGAGCUGUGGCCUGGGUGUCAGAGGGCAGCUGCUCCUUCUUCACUAAGGUGCAGAACAUGGCCAAAUCCAACGCCUCCGGUGUCCUCGUCUAUGCGCUCCCUGGUAACCCGAUCCAGGACAUGAACUGUGUUGAGGAUGAAUGUUAUUCGCGGCUGGGCAUCCCAGCUGCCAUGGUGCACCUGGAGCCUUCGGUUGCUCAGGCGCUCAGGUUGGGACAGAAGGUCAACGUGUCCUUCCAGACCACUCCGUCUCCAGACUUCUUCCUCAGUAUUGACCCACAGGGGGCGCUGGCCGAGAUGGGCUGGUUCCUUUACCCCUCGUUCAGGUUCAUCAACUGGCAGGCGCAGUGGUUUGAUUUCUACGCAGAUCUGCACACCCAGCUUCAAAGUCCGGCCAAGGUGGUUCCUGUCUUUGACAAAGUCCAGAUGCAGGGGGAGAAAGGAGCGGUGGCUACAGUCGACCUGCCUCUAGGUUUGUUGGACUUUGACAGGCUGGAGCUGGAUGCGUCGCUGUCGUGUCCCAGCAGGAGAGACUCGUCCUGCGCUCAGUGGGAUCACACGGUGCAGCUGUUCGUCUGCUGCGAUCACCUCAGUGUGUACUGCAACAUGGAGCUGGGCCGAUGGAUCACCGCCUUCCACAGAGGCAUUGGUCGCUGGUUGACAGAUGUGUCGCCCCUCUUCCCCCUGCUGGACAGCAACAGAUGCACCUUCACCAUGAAGACCGUGCCCUGGGCGAUGCCGUGGAUCGUCUCCCUCAAUCUGAGAUUCAGCAACCAGACAGAGCAACAAUCCAAAACUUUGAGUGUCACAGGUAAUCGCGUGGAGAAGCCCCGCCCCUUCAGAGUGAUGUCACUGUACAGUGGGGGCACCUUCGACAAAAACUACAACAAGGGAUUCCAGCCGAUCAAAUUCCCGGUCCCGGCUUCAACUAAAAAGGUGGAGCUGUUCGCCGUCAUCACGGGCCACGGCAGCGACGAGUACGGCUGCGGAGAAUUUUGUGUCACCUCCCACCACUUCUUAGUCAACGCCGUGUUCAACAAUACCCGCAUCUUUGAUUCUGCAGGAACCGCUCUGGGCUGUGCCAUGCGAGUGAAAGAGGGAGCGGUACCGAACGAAUACGGCACGUGGCUGUACGGACGAGGAGGCUGGUGUGACGGACUGCAGGUCGACCCCUGGAGGAUGGAUAUCACCAAACAGUUGGACCUGAGUGGAUCCGACUCCAACACCAUCGUCUACUUCGGUUUGUUCGACGGCAAGGAUCCUAAUCCGUCUCAGAAACCAGGAAACAUCAUCAUGUCCUCUUUUCUUGUCUUCUACAAAUGACCUCGCACUGUAAAAGUCAACUUCCUGAAUGUCGAUCUGCACCAGUGAACGUGACACUGAAUGUACAGUCAAGUCAGAGAUUAAAUUUCUAUUUUCCUACUGCUUUCA